AUGAACGACACCAAGUUUCUGUUCAAGAAAAGAUCGAAGAAACGGAAUUUCUCCGAAAAGGAGGUGUCGAUCCUCACCCAUGAAUACGAAAAGCACAUGAUAAUUCUCAACUCGAAACUGACCAAUUCCAUUACGAACCAGAAGAAGCAGAGGAUCUGGGAGCGCAUAACCGAUGCUAUUAAUGCCGUUGGUGUCAACAGACGUCGUACUAGCAGCUAUCGGUCCGGACAAACAACAACAACAACAUGUACAACAACAACAACAGCAAUCACAACCACCGCCACCGCCGUCGUCAUCAUCGUUGCUCGAUGUCCAGUUGGAACCGUUGGGUGGUGGUGGUGGGGCGGCGGCGGCGGUGGUGGUGUCGUGAUCACCUCCGUCGUCGACGGCAUCGAUCCCAUUGCUACCGUUACACAGGUGACCACCGAUGGAAGCGAUCCCGGGUACUCGAUCGCCGCUGGCUCCACCACUGUAGUAACCACCACGGUAAACGGUAACAACAACAACAACAUCAGCAUCAACAGUAUUAAAAAUAAUAAUAAUAACACGAACAGUAGUAAUCACGUCCCAAAUAACAAUAACACACUUGUCAAUAAUGCGACUGUUGUUACCAAUUCCCUAAUUAAUGGGGAGAGUCUUGUGAACGACCCUGGCGUUGGAGAAGACCUUACAAUCGUUAUAAAAGAAGAAAUUCCAGAUCCUGUUUUAAAAGAUGAACCAUUAUUGGUCAAUGAAAUCCAUAAUGAACCAGUUGAAAGAGUUUUAACAGAUGGAGCCAAUACUGAAAUAUUACCAGACUCUGUUACCUGCAAUCCUGCUUCCAUUGCUGACAACAACUACAACAAUUACAGUUCUCAUAAAUUUACCAUUAAUCUCACAGACAACAAUGCUGGCACCACCACUCACACACCGGUGCGGACACCAUCCAGGUCACAGCGACUUUUCACCUCUUUCAACUCAUCUAAAUUACGUCCAUUAACUGGUAUGUCGUCGCUGUCAACAAAAAGGAUGUACUCUUCACCAUUGUCAUCAACUCGACCAUUUUCUCGGAACAGAUCUGUUCGUAACUUUCUGUUAAAGUCCUCCAACAGUGCCAUUCCUACAUCAAUGAUAUCCCCAAAUGCUUCAUCAAACUCCUCAUUACCGUCUCGCACUCUUAACUCUUACCGUUCCUUCCCAGUUUCCUCCACGUCCUUGACGUCGUUACCCCUCAACCAAGAGCCUUCACUGGCUGCCACACUUCCUCAUUCAGCUAAAUCUUCCCACCAAGGUUCCAUGAACUCAGCAGCCACUGUGACACAAGGAGACCUUUUACAGCUCCAGUAUGAAGUGCUGUUAGCAGACAAGAAGCGAAUCCAGACACAGACUCGAUACUACGAGAUGAAGAUGAAACGAAUAGAGUUUGAACUCUCAGGGCAAUCAAAUACAUUUUUUUAAUCAUUCAUUUCUUUUUUUUCUGUUAUUUCAGUAUUCUUCAGUGGCUGUGGUUAGCUCCGUUUCAAAAAUACCAAAGAGACAAUAGUAACUUCUCAAGAGCUAAGCUAAGGUACGGCACACAAGUCUGAUGAUCCAACAGUCUAGACAUGCAGAGAUCAGACAUCAUCUAGAUUAUUGGUUACCAUCAAGCAUAUCUAUUUCACUAGGACACCAUUCUUUGAUCAGUAUUUUAUCAAAAGCUGUGGUGCCAGGCAGUCUUCAGAAAUAGUCACACCAAAAUAUGUGAUUCACCAACUUAAAGACAGAAAGAUUAAAAAGUUUGUUGAAAGAGAUUGAACUCUUACAUUCAGCAGAUAUAUUGGAGGCAGUCUUUGUGUAGUUACUUGAUAUGCUAGAAAUAGCAGCUAAAUCUUCUACACAUUACAUACCAUAAUUUAAAGAAAGAGCACAUUAGAUAAUGUUAGUCCUAGACACACUGUGUUAAAAAGAAAAAAAAACAGGAUGGUCAUAUCUGAAAUGCCUUUGAUCAUAGAUCUAUUCAAUCAGGACUGACCUAGGGCCAAACAACAAUUAUAUGAAUGUUCUCUGAUUUGCAUGAUCUACAUUGUGAAGACCCCCAAGGAUUAGUUUCCAUUCCCUUUAUUGAGCAGCUUUGGUCACCACAGUGAGGCUUGGACACAGACUUGUCAGUUUGAAAAUUAAAAGUGAAAUUGAAAAAAAAAAAAUGCUAUUUUAAUGUAAAUACAUAUAUAUUUAUAAAAGAGAGAGACUGUUGUGACUUUAUAUAAUAUGAAUCAAACUGUUGUUGGGGAGGAGGAAGAGGAGGAG